GCAGCAUGACCAGCCAGUCUCAGGGAAUCCAGCAGCUUUUGCAGGCAGAAAAACGUGCCAAGGACAAACUGGAGGAAGCCAAAAAAAGAAAGGGCAAAAGGCUGAAGCAGGCCAAGGAAGAAGCCACAGCCGAGAUAGACCACUACAGACUACAGAGGGAGAAGGAAUUUAGAAACAAGGAAACAAAUGUAAUGGGCUCCCAAGGUAAUCUCUCUGCCAAAAUAGAAGAGCAAACAACAGAAGCCAUCCGAAACCUCACAAGCAGCUACCACAGGAACAUGGAGGGCAUGAUGAAAAAGCUCUUGAGCACAAUAUUUGACAUCAGCCCUGAAAUUCACCCAAACUUCAGACCUGCAGUUUAAGAUUCAUUGAUGUUCUGUGUUUGCAAAGCAAACUAGCCUUCUUUCUUGAUAAGCAUAAAUAUUUCCUCAUGUAUUGUUUCUGUAUGUGUGAGAAAAAAAGAGCACUGAAGCCAAAAGCACACAAUUCCACACAGGCUUUUGA